GGAGCUUAUCCCCCCAUGGCCCCUGGUUUUGAAACCCCCAACCCCCCUCUCCUCCUCCUUUAUAUCCGCGUUUCGCUUCUCCCCGCUUUUUCCGACGUUCGGAUCGCUUUUCCCCGCCGCAAAACGACGAUUUUUGCGCCCAAAAUCGGAUUUUGGGGCGUCGGUUUUGCUCGGCUCGGUCGAUUUCGCGAGGUGGCGGUGGUGGGAUCGAUGAAGGUGGAGGGGAGCAGCACGGCGGCGGAGGAGGAGGAGAGGAAGAGCGGCGGCGGCGGAGGGGGUUUGAAGAGGCCGAGGAGGGUGAGCGGCGACGGGGCGAAGAUCACGAGGAAGCGCGGCUGCUCCGCGCGGCGGGCGCGGCGGCGCGUGCAGGCCGAUUCGACGGCGAUCCAGCGCCUCUUCUCCGCGUGCAGAUCGGUGUUCAAAGGCGCCGCUCCCGUCCCCGCCCCCGCCGACGUCGACAUGCUCCGGCAACUCCUCGAUAAAAUGAGACCAGAAGAUGUUGGGCUAAGCGCGGAUCUAGUGUUUUUCAGGGCGAAAAGUGCUUCGAAAGGAACUCCGAGGAUUACGUACACGACUAUAUACAAGUGCAAUAACUUUUCGAUGGUUAUAUUCUUUUUGCCACCAAGAGCAGUUAUCCCCCUCCAUAAUCAUCCAGGAAUGACUGUAUUCAACAAACUACUACUAGGAUCGAUGCAUGUCAAAUCUUACGACUGGGUUGAUCCUAUCAAAUCCAACGACCUGACAACCUCAGAUCAAUUGAGACUGGCAAAACUGGUUGUAGAUUCUGAUUAUGUUGCCCCAUGCAAUACCUCCAUUCUGUACCCAGCAACUGGAGGGAAUAUCCAUACUUUUCGAGCCAUUACGGCAUGUGCAGUGCUUGAUGUUCUAGGACCCCCUUACUCGAAAGAAGAUGAUCGCGAUUGCACAUACUACAGUGAUUUUCCUUACACUCACCAUUCAAAUGGUGCAACGACCGAGGCUGGAUUGAGCGAUGAACGGCUAGGAUGGUUGAAAGAGAUCAACGUUCCCAAGGACUUGAAAAUGGACGGCGUGGAGUACCUGGGUCCUCAGAUCAUUGAUGGUUGAAACUUGGGGGCAUAAAAUGAGACUUUUCAAAUGUUGAUCCUACUCUUCUUUGUUAACUGCCCUGCUGAUGUAUUUUACUUCUUUCUUUCUCUUUCUGAUACUUUGCAUCUGAUGGGUUUAGAUUGUCGCGGCGCGCGACUGUAGAAUGUCCUUUUAAAGUUCAUACAACUAGCAUUUUUGGGUUUGUUUACAAAUUUUAGCCCUAGGACUGGUCUCAAUUGUAACAGUUUAGCACCUGAAGUUUAAUCCUGAUUAAAAUUUCAUCCUCAAAAAUUUGACAUUUGAUUCAGUUUCUCCUGGAAGUUUCAUUUUUUAGCUCAAAAGAAGUAGAAUUAUAGUGCUAAUGUGGAGACCUGUUACUGGGAAUAAACUUCCAGGAACCAAAUUGUUAAAUCCGAGGAUGGAAUUUAUAUCCGGGUCAAAAAUUUAGGGAUCAAAUUUGUGAUAAACCCAGCAAUGUUCUGUUCUUCUUGUGAAUAAUUUGUUGUAGAGUUUUCUUGCAAUUUUCGUUGUCAGUGACAUUGCAGAGAUUGAUUCAGUAUACAUGCCUAUGAAAUUUGGUUUAGGGUUUAAA